ACCACGCAUGUGUUGAUCGCUGCUGCAGCAACGUGCAUCAGCUCCUCUCUGACCCCGGAGUUAAUCUGCAUUCAGACCGAGGCUCCGCUGCUUUUCUCCGCUGCCUGAUAUUAGAACUGGCUCAUUACGAGGAGGGGGCUCCGUCGUCUGUGGCAGGUUUUUUCAGGGCCCUGCUCAGCUCUCGAUUCACAAACAGGCACUGUAAGAAAAAAAAAAAGAAAAAACGACGAGCGACACCAAUUCAAGCCUUCGACUCGCAUCGAUUGUGUUUUGGGCUGAUUUGAUUCCGACCGCGCGUCCACCUCGGGUCCAGAUCUGCAGACCCGCCGCUGCUAACGCGCGUAAUGUAUCGUAGAGAGGAAACACAGUGAACAGACGGACAUCUGCACAAAAAACAAGAGAGAGAGACAGAGAGAGAAAGAGAGAGAGAGAGAGAGGAAACGAAGAUGGUGAUGAUGGCUUCACCCAGUUUAGCCUCCAAAUGCUCGGCAGCAAUGGCGAAGCCUUCCCUCCCCCUGAAGCUGCUUCUCUGGGUGUUUAUUGCCGUUAAUCUCCCCACAAGCUCCUUCCAGAAUGAGGAAGACGAUGAGGUGUCUAACAAGACGUGGGUGCUGACUCCCAAAGUGUAUGAGAGUGACGUCACGCACAUCCUAAAUAGCCUACUAGAUGGAUAUGACAACAAACUCAGACCCGACAUCGGAGUCAAACCGACAGUGAUCCACACAGACAUGUUUGUCAACAGCAUCGGCCCAGUAAAUGCCAUCAAUAUGGAAUACACCAUCGACAUCUUCUUCGCCCAGACCUGGUACGACAGGAGGCUAAAAUUCAACAGCACGAUGAAGGUGCUGCGUCUCAACAGCAACAUGGUCGGAAAGAUCUGGAUCCCCGAUACGUUUUUCCGCAAUUCGAAGAAGGCAGACGCUCACUGGAUCACCACACCCAAUCGCAUGCUCCGAAUCUGGAACGACGGUCGAAUACUCUACACCCUCAGGUUGACCAUCGAUGCCGAGUGCCAGCUUAAACUGAACAACUUCCCAAUGGAUGAGCACUCAUGUCCCCUGGAGUUUUCAAGCUACGGCUACCCCAGAGAGGAGAUUGUGUACAAGUGGAAACGGAGCUCCGUGGAGGUUGGGGACAUUCGCUCCUGGAGGCUGUACCAGUUCUCCUUCGUGGGCCUGAGGAACACCUCUGAGAUCGUCAGGACUGUCUCAGGAGACUAUGUGGUGCUGACCGUCUUCUUUGACCUGAGCAGGAGAAUGGGAUACUUCACCAUCCAGACCUACAUCCCAUGCACCCUAAUUGUGGUCCUCUCCUGGGUCUCAUUCUGGAUCAAUAAGGAUGCAGUACCUGCCAGGACGUCAUUAGGCAUCACCACUGUGCUGACCAUGACCACGCUGAGUACAAUUGCCAGGAAAUCCCUUCCAAAAGUGUCCUAUGUGACUGCCAUGGACCUGUUCGUGUCCGUGUGCUUCAUCUUCGUCUUCGCCGCGCUCAUAGAGUACGGCACGCUGCACUACUUUGUCAGCAACAGGAAGCCGAGCGCCAAAAAGGACAAGAAGAAGAAAAACCCGCUCCUCCGGCUAUUUUCCUCAAAGCAGACACCCACGGUAGACAUCCGUCCACGCUCCGCCACAGCCAUUCAAAUGAACAACGCCACACACAUGCAGGAGCGAGACGAGGAGUACGGCUACGAGUGUUUGGACGGGAAGGACUGCACCAGCUUCUUCUGCUGCUUUGAAGACUGCCGCUCCGGAGCCUGGCGGCACGGCAGGUUGCAUAUCCGCAUCGCCAAGAUAGACUCAUAUGCACGCAUCUUCUUCCCCACUGCGUUUGGUCUCUUCAACCUGGUCUACUGGGUCUCCUAUCUCUAUCUCUAGGCCCUGGUGUGUAACCGGCCUUAUCAUACACUUCAUUAUAUUCUACAUACGCUCAGCGCCAGCAAAGGACAUUUUUGAGAAGGGGACCCACUGAACACCCAACGAAUUGAUUUAAAGCUUUUCCUUUAAUUCUAUGGUUUUAAUCUCUUUACAUCAAGUUAUUUUAACUUUAACAGACAUUGCAAAUGUUGUAGCAUUACAUCUUACUGGCAUGGAGAGGUUUGUAGAUGUGUUUUGAAAACAUUGAUUGUGUGAGCAAUUCAGAAUCGACGUUUUUUUGUUGUCAUUAUUUUAUUUUUGACUUUUUAAUUUAAAUUUCCUGUUUAUUUCUUCUCAAUUGGUAUGAAUCAAUUACUUUACGAAAAAUGCAUUCCUUUCACAAUAAACAAUUAAAAUAAAUAGUAAAUCAGGCCACAUCAAACACCCAUCAGAGAAAUGUGAAUUAUAUCAUGUAUGUCAUAUCACCCAAUUUUUACAUACUAAAACACUGAAUCUGAAGCACUUUAAUAGAGCUAUGUUAGGCAGUGACACUGAAAUUCAUUUUGACAAUGCUAAUUUAUUUUUAAUUUAUUUAGCUAACAUGUUAGCACAAUUAAAAAUUGCAUUUUUCACGUGUGGUCAGGCAGCAAGGAUGCUGUUUAAAUGCUUAACUGUACAGACACUGUAUUUUACUAUUACAUAGUGGUUUACAUUUAUUGCAUGCACAUUUCAGGCCAAAAAAUCAACAUGUUUUAUGGUCUUCUACUGUUCGAUAUGGAAACUAAUAAACGAGCACUGUUGAUUAUCAUUCAGGACUUAAUUAUACCUUUUUUCUAGAAAAAUUGGAAAAUUAAAUGAUAAAAAAAUGUGCCCACUUCAUGCUUUUGACUUGAGGAAUCAUUUUUGCAUACAAGCAGGAAGAUCAGACCAGAAAAUAAGUUUAAUCAUUUUCUUUGCUGCCGUUCGGUAACAGUACAGACAACACUGACCUCCGAUCCUCUCCUCCACUUGCUGUUAAAAGUGUGCAUUUACAUAAUGAUACACUGCUGUUGUAUUUUGCUUAUGCAAACUUUUACAAAAGAAGCUGCUCGAAAGCAAGUGAGGUUAUAAUACAAAUCGGUUUUUCCCCCUAGGUCAGCGGAGGUGAGGUUGAGAUGUUGCCUUCAAAUAGAAAUGUUCAGGCUCAUCUACACAUGGCAAUGUCAUCACAGAUAUAAUUUUGAAAUCUCUGCAUUAGAACAGUGUUCAUUCUUCUAAAAUGAGAAAAUAUUAACUGCUAAUAAAUAAACUUGAGAUCUUCAUUCAAGUAAAACUUGUAUCUGAUUGUAUUGAGCUCAACAAACGUGUGAGCCUCAGUCUCAAGCAUCUCACUUCCUGUCUCUUUGUAAACACACUGAGGAUUUGAAUUAUCUCAAACUGAGUAAAUAUAUUCACUGGUUAAACUGACGUUCUUUAUUUUUCUUUUUAUGUUUUACUUUUCCCUUAAAAUGUAUUUUGAAUGCUGUGUGAGAGAGCAGAGAACACAGCGAAAGCAUCUGAACUGUAAAUACGACGCACAUGAGUUUAAAACCCCUUACAGGUCACUUUUGAUAAGACACCAGUAUGCAACAAGUGGAGACAGUGCUCGAGUAUGAUUUGUAAACUCAUGAGGAACGGGUGUAAAUCACAUUUGUUUUUUUUGUACAUAGAUUAUAAACAGAAGAAAACAUUUGUCGGGCCCUUGGGAUUUUGUAAAAGGGAAAUAUAUUUUGUAAUUUCAGCAUAGUUACAGUAUAUCAUCAUACAGUAUAUUAGACUUAUUGUAUUAUGCUGGACUGACCAUGUAGAAUACUUAGGGGUAAUGGGGGUAUUUAUUUAUUUAUUUAUUUAUCCAUUGAUGGUAUUUAUUUAUUCUGUCAAAAAGAAAAUGUAUUUUAUGUUCAUAUAGCCCCUGAAAAGAAACACAGAAUGCUGUCAUUUAUAUCAAAGAUACAUUUUCGUUCUAUGUGUCAGUGGAGCUUGAGCUUAUUAAUCUUGUGUUUUCUAUGUUGUGAUCAAUGUGCACUACUCUCACACACUGCCUGUCAAACUGUUCUUCUGUUGAAUUUAGUGAGUUACAACAUUACCUGUUGUGCAGCCUCUGAGUAGUAGACGUCAAUAUUUUCAGGGGGGUUAAAAAACAACAACACAUAAAAACGUUACCAAGCCGCCAGAGUAAGAAGUGACAACUAAUUAUUUCCACUUUUCCCACCACCGCCUCUGAUACUCGCCAUCAUCAAUUAAGCAUCAGUUAUGAUACUAAUUGCAUUUAGCAGAUUAUCUCAGAUUUCCUGCCGUUCUCUCCCUUUUUGUAUUGAACGAUGGUCCUGUUGUGUUCCACAGCUGCCACUCAGCAGCCGAAACCUGUCGUCAUUGUGCACAUACCCUCACAUCUUUAGGACCGUGGGUUUGUCAAUAGCUACGUAGACAGGGCGUCAUCAGUGUUAAGUAGUUUAAAAAAGUGUAACAGAGUGAUUACAUCUUAUGAAGUGCCAAACUGACACAUGCAAUAGAGAAUAUCAAAUUGUUAGACCAUCUGUGAAUCCAGCGUUUUCUUAAAGGAAUUGUUAAACAGCCAAUUUAUUUUUUGCCCCACUGAUGUUCCCUCAGAUAUGGAUGUUCGCAGAUGCUCUUUGUCAAAAGGUAAAAAGUGUCCCAUUCAAACUGUCUCUUUUACAAACUUAUCAUAAUGAUAACAGAGCAUGUUUUGUGUUUUAACAGUGAUGCAGAAAACAAAUAUGAUUUAUUUUCCAUUACGGUUAAAGCUUGUUUAUGAUAUGUUGAUAAUAUUUUCUGUUUUUGUGCACUGUAUUCUCAAUGCAGAGGUAUGAAGGUACAGGAGUAUUCAGCAG